AUGGCAGCUCUAGGCGGAGUGCCCCGGCCUCCCAGCCACGCUACUCCCCGGCUGCAGUAUGUCCAGCAUCCGCUGUCCCGCCUCGGGGACCCGGAGACCAUCAGUGUCCGGGGCUUCUCUCGGACCGGUGACAAGACAUCGGCCGAUCCGUUCCCGGGACCGGACAGACCGGCGCCCACUGACCGCAACGGGGGUAAAGAGCCAGUGGAUUCGCCUCAUUGCGGCCGCAGCAAGGAGCUGCAGCCGGCCCGAGUUCCGCGGGAGUCGCUGGGCCAUAUUCCCGAGGGAGUGGAGGUGACAUUCGGGACUGACCCUGAAAAACCCCGGCUCCCCAUCUUCGGUCAGCGAGCAGAUCUGGAAAAUCGUAUUGAGAGCAGAAUGAGCCAAAGCAGCAAGAUAAGCAAUAGAUCUCGACCUGGGACCCAGCUCAGAAUUGAGAUUGAUGAGCUGGAGCAUGAACUGCGAGAGAAAAUAAUAUCCAGUGGCUACUUUGCAGUAAAACAACUCUUUAAAGCUAAUGAUCCUGAAGGAAGAGGACAGCUUAACAGGGAUGUUCUCCUUAUGGUUCUGACAAAAUUCUUGGGACGAUUUAUCACACCAAAACAAUACCAGCAACUUCUUUUGAGGUUCAAGCUAAAUGAAAAGCCAGUCAUUAAAUGCGAAGACUUUUAUGCAGCUGCUAGAGACCCUAUCUCGAUGAGAACAGCUUCUUGGCUCGAUCCUGUGAGCCGAGACAGUGACAAGGUUCUGGCAACUGCCUCCCAAGUACACUUGCAGCUGAAAGAUAAAGUAAAGCAGAGGCUUUUGGACCUGACUGAAAUUCUGCCUCAGAAGAAUAUUGAAGGGCCUGUUAGGAUCCUGGUUCCUGAGUUCAGGGAAAUGGUGAAGCAACUGGGGUAUCACAUGGAAGAUGAAGAGUUUGAAAAAUUGUGGAGAAAAUAUGAUCCCGAUGGCAUUGGUGUUAUUAAAGGAGAUGUACUAAUGAGAAAGCUUGGAACUGAAUUCAGGAAUGGAACAGCGCAUAACCUUGAAGGCUUUGCUGGAAAAGUAUCUGAUGAAAUGAGUUUAGACGGCUCAGCAAGACUGACUAGGACCCUGACCAAAGCAGAGCAUGAGAGAAAGGCUUCUCUUCAUAUUGAAAAAUGGCUAAGAGACAAGUUCAGGGAAGGUUAUAACCUUAUGAAAGAAGAAUUUGAAAAGUAUGACCCAGAGGGAACAGGCAAGGUAUUACACAGAGACUUUCUGGCAGUUCUGGCAAUCUUUGGCCUACACCUGAAAGAUGAACAUUUUAACCUUUUCUUGGCAAGAUGCAAUCUCGAAAACAGCAAAUCUGGGAUCAAGUACAUUGACUUCCUCAGAAACUUUCAAGAUCGAAGUGAAAAGGGAAUUCCACAUAAAAUCUUGAACAACCCGAAGCACAAAUUCAACUGUGAAGGGAGUGUCAGUCUGUGCUCCACAGUAACUGCAAUUGAAGCAAAACUGACAAGACUUUUUCAGUCAGACUUUCUGGCUCUUUUAGCCACCUUUCACAAAAUUGACAAACUGGGAAGGAAUGUCAUCAGUCAACAGGAAUUCCGAGCUGCCAUUGAGAGCAGGUUUGGUGUGGAGAUUACUGAUGAAGAGUUUGAGCUGCUCAUUGACAGAAUCCCCCUUGAUGAAGAUGGAAAUGUCCGGUACCCCCAAUUCAUGGCCAUGUUUGACUCUAGGAAAGGAGUUUCUAGCAUUUUUGACGAGAAGAUAUCAAGGCCUAAAGGAUUUCAUGAGAAAGUGUCAUCCAACCAGCUGGAUGAAGACAGGAGAAGUGGUAGAACUCCAGAUCAGCUCUUCCAGAUUAUUAAAACACUGUUAUGUAACCAGUACCAAGAGGUUGAAAGAGAAUUUGAAGAGUUGGAUGAAAUUAAUUCAAGGCGGCUGAACCAUGAAACUAUGUACCAACUUCUGAAACGGUUUGACAUUUGCCCAGAAGUAACUCGUGGUGAGAUUCGGAGGCUUUGGCAAACGCUGAUCACCAACCAGGAUAAGACAUUGGACUUCCUGGAGUUUGUGAGGCAUUUUGGUCACUCUCCUAAAUCUGCCUGUUUCCCCAAUGCCAAAAUCAGCCCUCCGAGAAAAGGAGACUGCGACUUUCGAAUGUGCUCAAAAAACCUCAACUGUGCAUCUGACAUCCUGGUGGACAGUGUUCGUGCCAAAGUGGACUACUUGUGGGAUGAUCUUAGAAAAGAAUUUCAGGAGCUUGACCCUUACAGCACUGGCUUUGUCAGCAAAGAAGAGUUUAAAGAUAUCUUGACUGAAUUGUGUAUGAAUUUGAAUGAAUAUGAAUGUGAGAUGCUGGCAAAGAAAUUCGAAAUCAAUGGAGAUGGCCGGGUUUAUUAUGUGGACUUCUUGAAGCCAUUUGCAAUGCGCAGGCAACAAUGGCGGGGGGGAAGCAACAUGCUGGCAGUCCUGCAGCAUCCUAAUACUCACUUUACUGAUCAUCAAGGAACAGGGCUGGACAACAUCACAACGAGGCUCCGAAAAAAGUUAAAAGGAGAGUGGAAAUCCUUACGCAGAGCCUUUAAGAAGUUGGACAACACCAGCAGUGGUUACUUAUCUCUGCCAGAGUUUCGUGCUGUGCUCAAACUCUGUGACCUGCUCCUGAAUGAGGAUGAAGUGUAUCACGUCAUGUCAAAAUUUGACGAAAACAUGGAAGGCAAAAUCAACUACAAAAAGUUCCUGGAGGAGACCUACAAAAAAGAGAGAAGUCGUGCAGGAAACAAAGAUUCUAACUGCAACGAAUAAAUGUGAAGACUUAGCUGAGUGAUGGCAAGAAAAAUAACUCUUGGCCUAUUCUGUAUUGAAUGAUCAUCUCCAUGGAGCAGCCUCUGUCUCAGCUCCAUGUUCUUAAUAGUCUAUGAAUUAACACUGAUUUCACCUUCAUAACUGCUCAAGACCUUACAAUGAUAAACAGCUCAAUGUCUCUGAAGUUUCCAAAGCCUCUCCUUUUUUUCCUUAAUCCAAUUCUAAUCACUUUGCUUUGGGGUGAGACAUUGAUGUGGGAAAGAGCAUGUUCAGAUCAAUAGCCUCAGUGACUAAGAUGAUAAAAGGCAAGAAAGAACUUGUGUCUUUCACAACCUCAAGACAUCCCAAAGCAUUUCACAGUGAAUGAAGUACUUUAGAAAUUUAAUCACUGUUGUAAUGUAGGAAACACCCAUUGGAUUUGCACAUAGCAAGAUCCAACAUAUGCCUUUGAACAGAUAAUCUGUUUAAAUUGAAUUUGUUGAGAUCUCCUCAAAUCACAAGUGCAAUUUUACAAAAUUUGGUUUUGAUUUUUCCCUAAUAAAGUUAAUGUUCCCAUUUAGGCUAUCAUAAAAUUCAGCCUUAGAUACAGUAUGAGUGUUUUAUGACAAGCAAGUUGGUUUACAUCUCUCGGACGAUAUAUAUUUUUUAUUUUGAUAUUGGGCAGAGGGUUUGAACUAAGUCAAAGGUAAAUCCACUCCAGAUCCAAACUGUUGGUUCAUAAACUUACAUCAAUCAUAUGUUAGAAAUAUGACAAGAAAACCAG